CACCACCAACUUCCUUCCCAGUAUCCAAACAGGCUUCCUUUGACUUCGGUCGUCCAUUCUUUAAAAGAAUCAAUUCAGCUUCGUCUUUUCAACCCAACACUCCCUUUUUUAAAACCACCUAAACCGUCUUUUAUAAAAACUACUCUCCACCGGCAACAUGCAAUUCACCUUCGCCACCCUUGCCGUCAUGGCCACCGCCGUCCUGGCCACUGCCCCAGACUCCACUAUCUACCAGACUGAGGAGGUCACCAUCACCAGCUGUGCCCCUACCGUCACCGACUGCCCGGCCCACUCCACCGUCGUCUCCCUGACCUCCUACCCAGUCACCACCACCGCCGAGGAGAAGCCCCUCACCACCGCCGCCCCAUCCCCCACCGAGGAGGCCGAGGAGACCCUCACCAGCUUCACCACCAUCGUCAACACCAUCACCAGCUGCCACCCCACCGUGACCAACUGCCCCAUCGGCAAGGUGACCACCAUCACCGUCCCCCACUCCACCACCAAGGCCGCCGCCGCAACCACCCCCGUCGUCCCAGUCGUCCCCGUCACGACCGAGAAGCCCAUCGCCCCUAAGCCAACCGUCCCAGCUCCCCCGGUCACCAUCACCAUCAGCUCUUGCCCGGCUGUGGUCCCAACCUGGACUUCCGUCCACAUUGGCCCAACUGCCCCAGCCGUCGCCACCAUCUCCGGCUUCCCCAAGCCAAGCAACGGCACCAUCGUCACCCCACCAGUCGUCACCUCGCCUCCUAUCACUGGUGCCGCCUCGGCCGUCUCGGGCUCCAUCUUCGCCGUUGGCUUCGCCGCCAUCGUCGCUGUCUUCUUCGCUUAAGCGGUUUCACUUCGACGAUGACCAGAGGGAUAUAUUUCUUCAGUCCGCCGCCUCGCUGGCCGUCUUCGUUCUGAUACUACGGAGGGAGAAGGGUUGGAGAGGGCAUCGGCUACGACUUUCAACGCAUAUUGGGAUGGCUUUGGGAAAAUGAGAGGGGACUGUCCUUUUUUCAUGUAAUUCGGUAAUUCUGGCAGGAGUGGUUCGCACACACAUUGGUUUGUUUUGUUUAUUAUGGUUUUUAUUUUACGGAAUAAAUACAACCGGUUACUUCAAAGUUGCUCUUUUUAUUUCCAACGUUGUGUGCAAUAUAAACCGUGUGUGUGUGCGCUGCUCCUAGUGUUAGUUUUUGCUUCCCUUUUUCGUUUCGAUACUGGCGGGGUUGCGUGUGGACUGCAAAUAUAUACCUUUUCCCCCAUAU